AUGGAAGGCGGCCUUCCCAGAAAUAGCCCCGGUGAGCGUGCCUGUGGCGUAAAUAAGGAUUCUGUGUCACUGAGACCAUCGAUCCGAUUUCAAGGAAGCCAAGGGCACAUCUGCAUCCCCCAGCCAGACUGCCCCGAGGAGGUCCGCACCUUCUCCUUCUACCUCUCCAACGUGGGCCGGGACAGCCCCCAGGGCAGCUUCGACUGCAUCCAGCAGUAUGUGUCCAGCCGAGGGGACGCCCACCUGGACUGCCUGGGCAGCAUCCAGGACAAGGUCACUGUGUGCGCCACCGACGACUCCUACCAGAAGGCCCGAGAGAGCAUGGCUCAGGCAGAGGAGGAGACGCGGAGUCGCGGCACCAUCGUCAUCAAGGCCGGGGGCCGCUACCUGGGCAAGAAGGUCCAGUUCCGAAAACCUGCCCCGGGGGCGAUGGACGCUGUGCCUGCCCGAAAGCGGGCGACCCCCCUUAACCUGGCGAGCGCCGUCAAGAAGAGCAGCUCAAGCGGGGCGGGGGCCGGCGUGGUGUCCCAGCGGCCCUGCCGGGACCGGGUGCUGCACCUCCUGGCGCUGAGGCCCUACCGUAAGGCCGAGCUGCUGCUGCGGCUGCAGAAGGACGGGCUGGCACAGGCGGAUAAGGACGCACUGGACGGGCUGCUGCAGCAGGUGGCCAACGUGAGCACCAAGGAUGGCACGUGCACCCUGAGGGACAGCAUGUACAAGGACCUGCAGAAGGACUGGCCCGGCUACUCGGAGGGGGACCAGCAGCUGCUGAAGCGUGUGCUCAUGCGGGGCCCUGCCUCCCAGCGGGGCGUGGGCCUGUCCAGCCCACAGCAGACGCAGGGUGGGGGGUGUCAUGGGUCACCCUGCCCUGCCCAGCCGGGCUCUGCUUCCAGGAUGGAGAGGCUGGCGGAGGACAGGCCCCGCGCCCUGCCGCCCGACGCCCUGGGCCUGAACGGAGCCUGCAGUGCCGGCGCCAGCGUGCCCACAUCCACGUCCGAGACGCCCGACUACCUGCUCAAGUACGUGGCCAUCUCCUCCUCGGAGCAGCGCCAGCGCUACAAGAACGACUUCAACGCCGAGUACAGCGAGUACCGCGACCUCCACGCGCGCAUCGAGCAGAUCACGCGGCGCUUCACGCAGCUUGAUGCGCAGCUGCGGCAGCUGGCACAGGGCUCUGAGGAGUACGAGACGACUCGGGGCCAGAUCCUGCAGGAGUACCGCAAAAUCAAAAAGACCAACACCAACUACAGCCAGGAGAAGCAGCGCUGCGAGUACCUGCACAGCAAGCUGGCGCACAUCAAGCGGCUCAUCGCCGAGUUCGACCAGCGCCAGCUGCAGGCCUGGCCCUAGCAGUGCCCCGGGCAACGGGCGCCAGGCGGAGUGGGCAGGCUGGGCUCACUGCAGACAAUAAACGCAGGACGCUCAGCUCAGUGCGGCCGCCUGGGUCCCUGCGUCCCUGGCCACCGCCAAGACUCGGGCCAGCCCGCUGCCUUUUCUAGUUUUCUAUGCGCUACCACCGAAGAGACUCGUCUAUUUUUGUACAAGAGAAAGCAGUUCUUUCUAAAGCUGUGCCUCCUCUCCUCGGACGUCCAGGUCCCUGUGCAGUAUUAGCGGUGUUACCGCUGGCCGCGUCGGGCCCCGUGGGUGUGACGUGACGGGGCCUUCAGUUUCCCCUGUGCGGCUGCUCUUUGUCCCUGUGGAGGCCGCGGUCCCCACGCCACUGGCCUCCCUCCGUCCCUCUGUCCACCUGUGGGUCCCAAGGUCACCUCAGCCAGGCCAUCGCUGGGUUUGCACUCAGGGAGGGCGGGGCCCCAGGACACCCUGUGCUGCUUUGUACUGUGCCUCGUCUCCAGUGUCCCCGGCGUGGUGGGACGGUGAGUGUGUGUGCGAGUGCGUGCGUGUGCGUGUGUGUGCGCGCGAGUGUGGCCGGCUGCUGCCACAGAGCUGGCGCCUGCGCCGUGGGGCUCCUUCCUCUGCGGAAGCCCAGCCCCUUUCAGUGGCUGUUGUGUUUCCACGAGGGCGGGCAUCUGGCGGCUGAGGAGGGCGCUGUGCGCACUCGGGAGCCGUUGUUCAGGGGUCCCCUUGAGUCUGCCACCCCCGUGCCAUGAGAGGCCCUCGUCCCAGGGGACCUCAACGUCAAGGAAGGGCUCUGCCCUGGGGCAGGCGAUGCUCACUCGCUGAUUAAAUACGGCCUAACUUAUUGAUGCUGUUUUAUUUCCCUUUGAAUGUUGUACUGUGGAGAAACUACUUUGAGCCAUGGACUUGGUGUUUACAAAGAAUUUUUCACUUUUGCCAAAUGUUACAAUCAGAAGGCGUCCGCAUCUGCAGUUUGCUAACAUUUUCUUAAGAGACCCAGGGUCCUUUUUGUACACUAAGCAGGUGAAUGCUGAUUUUUUCAUCCUACAAUAAAUUACACUGAA